AUGGCACCUGGAAAGAAGAACAGAGUAUUUGUCAUAGGAGUUGGCAUGACUAAGUGCGGUCCACCUAAAACCUUAAGCUGGGACUUUUCUGCUCUCAUUGGGACAGUUGGAUCAAAAUCCGAGGUGUUGGGGACUGUCGGGCUUAUUUGUGCUCAUGCUGUGUCCAAAGGUGAAAGGGCUCUAGCAGAUGCAGGAAUCCCAUAUUCUGCCAUUGAACAAGCUUGCGUAGGAUACGUCUAUGGUGACUCCACAUGUGGACAAAGGGCCAUUUACCACAGCCUGGGUCUGACCGGCAUCCCCAUUAUCAACGUCAACAACAACUGCUCCACAGGUUCCACUGCUCUCUUCAUGGCACGCCAGCUGGUCCAGGGAGGUCUUUCUGAUUGUGUGCUUGCUCUUGGGUUUGAGAAGAUGGAGAGGGGCUCUCUGUCUGCAAAGUACAUGGAUAGGACAAAUCCCAUGGACAAGCACAUGGAGGUGAUGAUCAACCGCUAUGGGAUGGCAGCAGCGCCAGCAGCACCACAGAUGUUUGGAAAUGCCGGCAGGGAGCACAUGGAGAAAUAUGGCACAAAGCCAGAACACUUUGCCAAGAUUGCCUGGAAAAACCACAAACAUUCCACCAAUAACCCGUACUCCCAGUUCCAGGAUGAGUACAGUCUGGAGCAGGUGAUGAAAUCCAGGAAGGUGUUUGACUUUCUUACGCUCCUGCAGUGCUGCCCUACAUCAGAUGGUGCUGGAGCAGCAGUUUUGGCCAGCGAGCCCUUUGUCAGGAAAUACCACCUGCAGAACCAGGCGGUGGAGAUUGUGGCCCAGGAGAUGGUGACCGACCUGACGUCCACAUUUGAAGAGAACAGCUGCAUUAAAAUGGUGGGGUAUGACAUGUCCCAGCUGGCGGCUAAGAAGUGUUUCGAGGCCGCUGGUCUGAAGCCAAAUGACGUUGAUGUGGUCGAGCUGCACGACUGCUUCUCAGCCAAUGAGCUCAUCACGUAUGAGGCCUUGGGGUUGUGUCCAGAGGGUAAAGCGGGAGAACUGAUUGACAGAGGGGACAACACAUAUGGAGGCAAGUUUGUGAUCAAUCCCAGCGGUGGCCUCAUCUCUAAAGGACAUCCCCUUGGUGCCACAGGUCUGGCCCAGUGUGCAGAGCUAUGCUGGCAGCUCCGAGGGAUGGCCGGGCAAAGGCAGGUCUCUGGGGCAAAAGUGGCCUUGCAGCACAACAUUGGCUUGGGAGGAGCAGUGGUUGUCACACUUUACAAGAUGGGUUUCCCAGAGGAGGCAAGGUGAGCAGGAAUUUAGUUUUUUUCUUCUUCCUUCAGGUCCCGCGUGGGUGCAGUUCUCACCAGCUCAGGCAGCGGUCUGGAAGGGUUUAAAGCUUAUCCUGUCUUUAAAGAGAUUGAAAAACAUCUACAGCAGGAGGGAGCGCAACUUGUUAAGAAGAUUGGCGGAGUGUUUGCAUUUAAAGUGAAGGACGGCCCAGGUGGGAAAGAGGCGACCUGGAUUGUUGACGUGAAAAAUGGUAACGGUUCUGUCACAAACGACCCAGGUAAAAAGGCAGACUGCACAUUAUCCUUGAAUGACGAGGAUCUGCUGGAUCUGAUGACAGGAAAGCUGAACCCACAAACGGCGUUCUUCAAGGGAAAGCUCAAGGUCGCUGGGAACAUGGGCAUGGCUAUGAAGCUGCAGAACCUGCAGAUUGCGCCAGGGAAGGCCAAGCUGUGAGAGCCUUGGCUGUCUUCUUCAUGUUAAACGCAAAUUUGUAGGAACAACUGAAAUCUGCCUGUUUAAUUGAACUAACUGACCGAUGAUUUGUCAAAUACCUUGACAUGCUUGGUGUUGAAAGUCCACUAAGUUUCAUUUCCAGCUGCAGCUUUGAUAUCAGAGCACACUGCAUGGUUCAGUGAUUAUGUCGGUUCUUUAAGCCUAACGUGAUGUGUGAACUACUCACAGCCAGUUCAAAUUACGGAAAUACUCACACGCUGCUCCUUUAAUUUCUUUACUAAUGUAUUCACAAUCUCAAUGUGCCCUAGUCUGUCUGUAAGAAUUGCAUUUGGGGGUUUUUGAGGAAUAAUUUUGCACAAAAUGUACAUCUGUAAAUGAAAUCCAUUUUUUUUGUUUAAAUGAAACGAAUAAAAUCUCUAACAAUUUUUGGAGUUGUUGUAUAAUUGUCCAUAUUUCUAUUUCAUGAUGUAUGAAACGUGUAGAAGAAUCUAAGAUGAAUGAAUUAUGCAACAAAAAUAACAUUUUGUUAUAUAAGAAAGGAAUGAUUAGAGCUGGUGUUGAUACUUUCUACUCUGUCACUGAAUGUUUAGUAAAGGGGGUGUAAGACAAAUCUGCUUGAAAUACCUUCUCUGUGUGUGCAGUUGUAUCUGAGGUUUAAAAGGUAAACUGGUAUAUGCACUAGAAAAAUAUAAGGAAAUAAAGGAUU